AUGAGGACUGUUAGAAACACUGUUGACACUGGACGAACUGUUGUGUGCACCAUUCACCAGCCGAGUAUCGAUAUCUUUGAAUCAUUUGAUGAGCUUUUCUUGUUGACGAGAGGAGGGGAAGAGAUCUAUGUCGGCCCAAUUGGCCACCAUUCCUCACAACUAAUUGAAUACUUUGAGGGAAUUAAAGGAGUAGGAAAAAUCAAAGAAGGUUACAAUCCAGCAACAUGGGCUCUUGAAGUGACAACAAGGGCACAAGAAGAUGCUCUUGGUGUUAGAUUUGCUCAAGUUUACAAAAACUCAAACCUCUACAAGAGAAACAAAGAUCUAAUAGAUGAGUUAAACAAGGUUCCUCCUCAUGCAAAAGACAUACAUUUCUCAACAAAGUAUUCACAAUCCUACCUCACUCAGUUCCAAGCUUGCCUGUGGAAGCUAAACAAAUCAUACUGGAGAAACGUUCCUUACAACACUGUGCGUCUUUGUUUCGCGGCUGCGGUUGGACUCAUGUACGGUGCCAUCUUUUGGAGCCUCGGCAAAAGAAAAGAAACAAGACAAGAUAUUUUCAACAGCGUAGGCGCCAUGGCAACAGUUAUUGGCUUCUUAGGCUCACAAAGCGCGGCUACUGUGCGUCCUGUCGCAAUCGCCGAACGCACAGUCUUUUACCGAGAGACCGUCGCUGGAAUGUACUCGGCUUUACCUUAUGCGUUUUCACAGGUGGUAAUCGAGAUUCCAUAUGUAGUGGCUCAAGCUUGCAUCUAUUCACUUAUCGUCUAUGGGAUGAUUGGAUACGAAUGGACUGCUUCCAGAUUUUUGUACUACACAUUCUUUACAUUCAUUACCAUCCUCUACUAUAUCUACACCGGUAUCAUGCUCAUCUCCGUGAGUCCUAAUCAAGAAACCGCAGCUAUACUCAAUGGUAUCAUAUACUCGGCGUUUAACGUCUUUUCAGGAUUCACCAUUCCUGCUCCCAGAAUGCCGUCGUAUUUGAGAUGGUUCACGUACGUGAAUCCAGGGUGGUGGGGUUUGUACGGACUGACGAUAUCUCAAUACGGAGAUGUAGAGACGAAGCUUGAUACGGGUGAGACGGUUUUGGAGUUCAUGAAGAGUUAUUAUGGUUAUGAAUACGACCACUUGUGGCUUGUCUCAGUAGUCCUCGUCUCUUUCACUUUGCUAAUUGUCUUUAUCUAUGCUUUCUCGGUUAAGACUCUUAACUUCCAGAAGAGAUAA